GCUUUGAGGAAGUUCCACGUCACAUUUGCCUGCCGUGCUAUGAACUCAGGCGAAUAACACAUCAGACUCUCAGUGGAUGAUUUAAAUAUUUGCCACUGAAGGCGACCAAAAGCAGCGAACGCAAACAUGCCUCUUAGGCUGGACAUCAAGCGUAAGCUCACGGCUCGAUCUGACCGUGUUAAAAGCGUAGACCUUCAUCCAACCGAGCCAUGGAUGCUGGCCAGUUUGUACAACGGCAGCGUUUGUGUCUGGAACCACGAAACACAAACUCUGGUUAAGACGUUUGAAGUCUGUGAUCUGCCUGUAAGAGCCGCCAAGUUUGUGGCCAGGAAAAAUUGGGUCAUAACCGGUGCAGAUGACAUGCAGAUUCGCGUCUUCAACUAUAACACACUAGAGCGAGUGCACAUGUUUGAGGCUCACUCAGAUUACAUUCGCUGCAUUGCUGUGCACCCUACCCAGCCCUAUAUCCUCACGAGCAGUGAUGACAUGCUGAUAAAGCUGUGGGACUGGGAGAAGAAAUGGUCCUGCAGUCAGGUAUUCGAGGGCCACACACACUACGUCAUGCAGAUUGUCAUCAACCCUAAAGACAACAACCAAUUCGCAAGUGCAUCGUUGGACAGAACCAUCAAGGUUUGGCAGCUGGGCUCCUCCUCUCCUAACUUCACUCUUGAGGGCCACGAUAAGGGAGUGAACUGCAUUGAUUAUUACAGUGGAGGAGAUAAACCCUACCUUAUAUCAGGAGCUGAUGACAGACUGGUCAAGAUUUGGGACUAUCAGAAUAAAACAUGUGUACAGACUCUUGAGGGUCAUGCCCAGAAUGUGUCCUGUGUAAACUUCCACCCGGAGCUACCAAUCAUUAUCACUGGAUCAGAGGAUGGCACAGUUCGGAUCUGGCAUUCUAGCACCUAUCGUUUAGAAAGUACCCUGAACUAUGGUAUGGAGCGAGUGUGGUGUGUGUCCGGCCUGCGGGGCUCCAACAGUGUGGCACUGGGCUAUGAUGAAGGCAGCAUCAUUAUUAAGCUUGGUCGUGAGGAGCCAGCCAUGUCAAUGGAUACCAGUGGAAAGAUCAUCUGGGCCAAGCAUUCAGAGAUUCAGCAGGCUAACCUCAAAGCCAUGGGUGAUGCUGAGAUCAAGGAUGGAGAGAGGCUGCCACUGGCAGUAAAGGACAUGGGCAGCUGUGAGAUCUACCCUCAAACUAUCCAGCACAAUCCUAAUGGCAGGUUUGUUGUGGUGUGUGGAGAUGGAGAGUACAUCAUAUAUACUGCAAUGGCUCUAAGAAACAAGAGCUUUGGAUCAGCACAGGAGUUUGUGUGGGCCCAUGACUCAUCGGAGUACGCAAUUCGGGAAAGCAGCAGUGUAGUAAAGAUCUUCAAAAACUUCAAGGAGAAAAAGUCUUUCAAGCCAGACUUUGGAGCAGAAGGUAUCUAUGGUGGUUUCUUACUGGGUGUCCGAUCAGUGAACGGCUUGGCUUUCUAUGACUGGGAUAAUACAGAGCUGAUUCGUCGCAUUGAGAUCCAGCCCAAACAUAUUUUCUGGUCAGACUCUGGAGAGCUGGUGUGUAUUGCCACAGAGGAGUCUUUUUUUAUACUGCGCUAUAUGUCGGAGAAAGUUGCCACAUCACAGGAGUCAAAUGAGGGAGUUACUGAAGAUGGCAUUGAAGAUGCUUUUGAGGUCCUGGGAGAGAUUCAGGAGGUGGUUAAGACCGGUCUGUGGGUGGGAGAUUGUUUCAUCUACACCAGUUCAGUCAACCGACUCAACUACUUUGUUGGAGGGGAGAUUGUCACCAUUGCUCACCUUGACAGAACCAUGUACCUGCUGGGAUACAUUCCUAAAGACGACCGUCUUUACCUGGGUGAUAAGGAGCUGAAUAUUGUCAGUUACUCUCUUCUGGUGUCUGUGCUGGAGUACCAGACAGCUGUCAUGCGCAGGGACUUCGGCAUGGCAGACAAAGUGUUGCCCACCAUCACAAAAGAACAGCGAACCAGGGUUGCCCACUUCCUGGAAAAACAGGGGUUCAAGCAACAGGCUUUGGCUGUCUCCACAGAUCCAGAGCACAGGUUUGAGCUGGCGCUACAGUUAGGAGAGCUCAAGAUUGCAUACCAGCUUGCAGUAGAAGCUGAGUCGGAACAGAAAUGGAAGCAGUUGGCAGAGUUGGCCAUCAGCAAGUGCCAAUUUGGCUUGGCACAGGAGUGCCUCCAUCAUGCGCAGGACUAUGGAGGACUGCUGCUGCUGGCAACUGCAUCUGGCAACGCUUCUAUGGUUGCCAAGCUUGCUGAGGGGGCGGAGCGUGAUGGCAAAAACAAUGUUGCCUUCAUGACCUACUUCCUGCAGGGAAAACUGGACAACUGUUUGGAACUUCUAAUAAGGACCAAUCGUCUACCAGAAGCAGCAUUUCUUGCUCGCACAUAUCUGCCUAGCCAAGUGUCCAGGGUGGUUAAGCUGUGGAGAGAGAGCUUGUCUAAAGUAAAUCAGAAAGCAGCAGAGUCUCUGGCAGACCCCACAGAGUAUGAGAACUUGUUCCCUGGGCUGAGAGAGGCCUUUGUGGCAGAGCAGUACCUAAGGGAGACCUGUCUCGGACAAACUAGACCUGCCACUGACUACCCAUUGAUCACGCCCAAUGAAGAAAGGAACGUGCUGGAGGAAGCCAGUGGUUAUGAACCCAAAGGCAUCUUCCCCACUCCCACACAGCAGGUGAAGGACACAGAAGAAGAAGCCCCAUCAGUGGGUGUUUUAGCUUCAGUGAUGGCAGCUGUCUCAGCUCCAGUAGUUGCAGCAGUCUCUUCCUUGAGUUCUGCUGAAUCCCAGCCUGCUCAGAAGGUUGAGGAGAAGACAGAAGAAGAGACUCUCAAGAUUUCAGCCGCAGAACAGAAGGUUAUUGAUGAACUGGAGGACGAUUUGGAUAACUUGGAUCUGGAUGACAUUGACGCCACAGACGUUAAUCUGGAUGAUGACUUCUUAGAUGACUAAACCACCAGCCCUGAAGCAUUGAGUUUAUUUAAGUGACCAAACACCCCCCCCUUCCCACCCCCUCUUUUUUUUUUUUUUUUUUUUUUCCCCUUCCUACAGAGCAAGGCAAGUGUGGACUGGGCUGAAUAUGAAUGUGUUUUGAGACGUAGCACAAAUGGAAAAAGAAGAAAUAAGUGUUAUUGAUUCUGAAUUUUUUCUGGACCUACAAUUUACAUUUUACCCCUACACCAACUUAUACAUUGAUUCUCGUGUGUUCUGUCAUGAUAAAUCAUGGUGUCUUUAUUCAUAAUAAAGACUACUAUGCUUACAAUAACUGGUCCUGUCAUAAUACUAAAUUGUUCUCUGUACUGCAGGUGUUCUGCAUUGAUUCUACCAUCAGAAAUUGUUUUAUUUUACAUUUUUAGACAUUGUUAUAUAUACAGUAUCUUCUAGGAACCUGCCAUUAGCUUCCUCCCAUUUUCCAACAGAGGAUGUGCGCACACAAAAAAGGGUGAUUUACAGUGGCAAAAAAAAUAUGAGAACCCUUUGGAAUUACUUGCAUUUCUGUGUUAAUUAUUCACAAAAUUUAGUCUGAUCUCUAAUACUUUAAACUAAUGAACACAAUCUGCUUAAAGGGAUAGUUCACUCAAAAAUGAAAAUUCUCUCAUCAUUUAACUUCAUGCCAUCCCAGAUGUGUAUGACUUUCUUCUGCUGAACACAAAGAUUUUUAGAAGAAUAGCUCACCUCUGUAGGUCCAUACAAUGAAAGUGAAUGGUGGCCAGAACUCUGAAAGUCCAAAUAUCACAUAAAGGCAUCAUAAAAGUAUCCAAAAGACUAGUGGUUUAAUCAAUGUCUUCUGAAGCGAUCCAAAUGGUUUUGGGUGAGAACAGACAAAAAUGUACUCUUUUUCACUAUAAAUAUUCCCAAUGCAGUCUCUAGGCACGAUCAUGAUUUCAAGCUCUAUUACACUUCCUAAAUUGUCAUCCAGCACUCUGCGCAUGCGUCAAGGACUAGGAAGUGUAAUCGAGCAUAAAAAUCUAGAGACUGCGUUGGGAAGAUGUACAGUAAAAAAUUUGUUAUAUUUUGAGUUGUUCUCACCCAAAGCUGAUUGGAUCACUUCAGAAGACAUUGAUUAAACCACUGGAGCCAUAUGGAUUACUUUUGCGAAGCCUUUGUGUUAUUUGUACCUUCAGAGUUCUGGACACUUAUUUUUUGAUUGUGCUAACCAACAGAGCUGAGAUGUUCUUUUAACAAUCUUAAUUUGUGUUCUGCAGAAGAAGAAAAAAGUCAUACACAUCUGGGAUGGCAUUAAGGUGAGAAAUAAUUGUAGUUUUCAUAUCUUUAUUGGACAUGUUUAAUUUUUCUCUGUCAAUUCUGGAAAAAAGUAUGUGAACCUUGUAUCAAAUAACUGGUAGAAGCAACUUUUGCAGCAUAACCUCCACCAGACAUUUCCUGUAGCUCUUGAUCAGCCUUGUAUAUCACUGAGGAAUUUUACACCAUUCUUCUCUUCAAAUAUAUUUUGGUUUAUUCAUAUUUUUUGGAAUUUCUUGCAUGAACAGCACUAUUCAGAUCAUGCCACAACAUGCCAUUUGGACUCUUGACUUGGCCAUUCCAAAACAUGAAUUCCUUCCUCUUUAAACAUUCUGUUGUUGAUUUGUCUCCAUAAAGUCAGUAAAAUAUAAAACGAUCUAAACUUUUAAUGAAAAAAAUAAAAAUAAACAUGGUAUCUAUUACAUUUCUCAAUGCUGGCUAGGAUGGGCCAAUCACAAUCGUUUAUUAUUACUGGAUGAGGAUUUUAUUUUAUUUUUUUUUAUUUUUUUGUAGUUUUAUAAAUUGGGGCGGAUUUCCAUUCAUAGGCAUGAAUCCUUGCAAUUAUCAGUUUUAGUAAAAUGAACUAUCCAGUGUAAAAUGUCUGCAAUAAAAUAUAAAUGUGCUGUGAUUUAAAUGCUGAUGCAUGGAGGAUUUAUUUUUCAGAACGUAAUGCAUUCCCUGCAGGAAUAACAUGUGUCUUGUAAGACAGUUAGUGACAAUAUGUGCAAUUUCGAUCUGUUGGUCAGUUCCCCACUCAAAACUACCAUAUGAAUUUUGAAAACAUGGGAUAUAUCAUAUGAGUCAUAUGUGGAUUUGUUAAAGGCAUCCAUAGAAAUUAUCAGUUGUUGCUUUCUGGGUGAGGAAAUCAGCAGACAGGUAUUUCAGAUGAGCAGGCAAGAAUUGUAAUUUUUUUGAAAGGGUUAAUGUUUCUGAAUGAAACCUUAUUGUAAAUAAAUGAUACACAAAGGAUAUAUUUAAGAGUAUGCAAUGAAAAUAACUUUCAAUUUAUCUGUGCACUAAUUUGAAUUGUUAUUAUGUAUUUGUUGUAAUGAAACAAUAUUUUGAUCAUAAAUGCA